CUUAAAGUAAGCUUGGAGCAUGAUGCGCCGGUAGUGUCAGUGCUGAGUACGCAAGCGCUCGGCUAUCACCGCGGCCACAAUCGCAGUCACCAACAGUUCGAUCUUUCGCACAACUAUUUGCACGACCGGGAUCAUUGUUUGCUACUUCGCAGUACCUCGUCUAGCUGUGCUCGUCUCAAACGCCUUUUUCGGGCAGAAAAAACUCUCCGGUGAACUCGCAUGUUAAGUGCCAUCGCAGCUCGCAAGGCGCGUUUGGCGAGCCAGACGAAGACAAAUCCAGCAAGCACUGAAGCCCUCGAAACUGCAACUAUAUCAAUACCCCUCAAAGCUCCUGCUACCCCGAAGCAGUCUCCUAAACGAGACGCAAUCGAGAAAGUCGCUGAACCACCCAAGAAGAAGACGAAACUUCAGCCGAGGAAUGCGAGAAAUGCCCAGCAGAGUCGCGCACGGUAUUUUCAGGAGGAUGCAUUCCAGACACAGGAGGACGUUAUAGAUCUGUCCGACGGAGAUAGCUCCAACGAUUCCGACAUUUCGUCGGAGACUGUCGACAUCUCUACACAAGACAAUACUGUGCCUUCCCAGAGCCGAAAAAGGGCGUGGUCUUCCAGUGCUCCCUUACGCGACUCGUCGGACGAGGACGAUGAAGUAGCAGAGACCGGCGAAGAGGCCACGUCGCUUUCUGCAAAUGUUUAUCCUCCAUCACCGUCAGUGCCCUCGCCAUUUAUGUCUACAUUCGCUCCCGUAAUCGAUCAGAACGUCUUCUAUCUCACUGCGGAAGAGGUGCAGGCGCUAUUGAGACUUUCUCAAGGCUCUGAGCGAUCAGGGACAAUGAUCGUCCUCCUCGCUGGGGAGACACUUGCAUUGUUAGGCACGUACGCUUUUACGGUGCUCCAGGCCCGUAUUGCUCUGGCCGGCGUAGUCCUAGACGCUUCCGAUGCCUCAUACCAUGUCUUUGCUCCUCGAUCAUCGCCCAUUCCCAUUAUAGAAGGGCUACCGUCCAUAAAAGAUACACAAGACUGCGUCGCUAUUAUUCCGCAGAGGAUUAAAGACUCAAUACCCGCUGGUGCCACUGUUAUCUUGCUACAGGAACUCCGGACAGGUGUGGAGGGAUUGGGAUUUACAUGUCGCACGUUCAAGGACGUCUUUUCUCCCUCGCCUUCUCAACGACUCUCACCACUAUGCGAUCUUCAACUGCACGGAGUGCAUCUGCUUAGCACUCAGACUCAUGGCAUCUCGUCUUUCGUCAUGCCUCGAACCUGGGAGUCGGCUAUGGCUUCUGUACUAGCGCACAGCUGUGGACAAGGGCCUACCCCUGCUAGAAAUGUGUUUCUUGUGAAGGGCCCGAGAAACGCUGGCAAAAGUACGUUUGCAAAGAUACUGAUGAACCGGCUCCUCACGAAGUUUCGCCGUAUCGCAUUCCUUGAGUGCGAUAUCGGACAAUCUGAAUUUACGCCCGGUGGUAUGGUCGCCCUAAGUAUACUCGAUCGACCAGUCUUCGGCCCACCGUUCUCUCACCCCAGUAUCCCACAUGCAGCUCAUUAUGUGGGCGCGAACUCCCCACGCUCCUCACCGAGUCAUUACGUAGAGUCCGUUCAAGCUCUGAUUCAGACGUACAAUUUCGACAUCCAGCAGGCCGCAUUAGAGGACUCGACCGAUGCGCGAUCCUCGGAUGGCAGGAUCGCAGACGUCAUACCACUGGUGGUGAACACGAUGGGUUGGGCAAAGGGCCUAGGGGCCUCUCUUACAAAGAAGAUCGAAGAGAUGGUUGAACCGUCCGGUAUAUUCGAAUUUACUGCUCGAGAGGAACAUUGGAACACUGCACCUCCCAGGAUCCAUGACGUAUCACCGUAUGGCUGCAACUUGCAUCGCCUAGAGCCCAUUCCGUCAUCGGCCAUCUCGAACCACUUCACCGCCGCUGACCAUCGCAUCCUCACAAUCAUGUCGUACUUCCACGCCAUCUUUCCCAUGGACACCACGGAGUCGCCGUUCCGUAACAUUACGGCGACUUCGUGGAACACCUCAGACCCUCUCUGUGCGCAACUGCCGUACGAGGUUGAGGUUGAUGUCGCGUUCGACAGCAUCGUACUCGCGGGCGCCGGGAUGGAAGAUGUGAUCCCAUCGGAGGUGCAUCACGUAUUGAACGGGGCCAUCGUCGGACUCAUCGGUUAUGAGCCCGGGACGCUGGACACCGACCCGGACGACGCGUUGUCCGGCUCGCUUCCCUACAAACAGGGCGCUCCACCGCCUUCCCCGUGUACAUCUCGCUGCUGCGGACUAGCCAUCAUACGCUCGCUGUCGCCCUCAUCGCAAGUACUGCAUCUGCUCACGCCGCUUCCUCCGUACGUGUUUGCAUCUGCGCGCGUGCUUCUCAAGGGUGAGUUCGAGCUUCCUGUGUGGGCCAUGCUGGACUUCCGCAGCGGGGACAAGGGGGACGUUGCUGGCGUGGAGAGCAGCAAGGUCCCGUUCCUCAGGUGGGGCCGGAGCGAGGGCGCAGGGGGAGAGCGGCGGCGGGUGAGGAGGAACUUGAUGCGGAGAGGCCAGAUGUAAGGCGGUGCUGCGUUGACUGUGGCAAAGUGCGCGUUGCCACUGGGGUUGCAGAAUUUUGAAUAUAACGAUAUAUCAUCGCACUAGCUGAUGGGUAAAAGCGAGACGAUGAUCAUGAUGAAAGAGUGGAAGGCGAUGUGAUCGUUCGAUCAUGCCAAAGACUCACAGUCAUACAGGUGGGGAGGAACACGGAGUGAUGCGAUGCACGAAUUGCAAAUGCUAACGCUCCUCCUACGCUUUGGAGGUCAGCCUAACCUUUGCCAGCGCCCAAUGAAUAAGAUGUCCUCCUCGGUGUGUUCUUCGCUCGGGGAGCUGCCACUUUUGCAGG